GAUCUAAACAGUCUGUCAUAUAGGAAGUAGAGGGGUUUGUCAGAAGAACUGUAGUUGUAGAGAAGGUCACUUGUCAGUGGGACAGAAUGGAGAACACAAUGCUCUGUGUGCUGCUCUUGCUGAGUAUCCUCAUCUACUGUGGACACUGUGAUGAAGAUGAUGCUCAGCCCAGAGCCACAUUGAGAAUCACUCCUCAGGGUCUCUACUCUGGAGAGACAGUUACUCUGACGUGUUCAGUAGAGUCUGACAGUAGCUGGAGCUAUAAGUGGUACAAAGACAGGAAUGAUUAUGUAGCAUCCCAGUCUGAAAGACGCACUAUAACAGGAGACACCCUCACCAUCAGUAGAGCUGCUGAGUCUGACCAGGGUCUCUACUGGUGUCAGGGAGAGAGAAGAUCCAGACCCACAUCUUCACAAUCAAGUAACUUUAUUACCCUCACUGUGUCUGCUCUGCCCACGGCCUCAGUGAGUAUCUCUCCUCAGGGUCUCCUUCACUCUGGAGAGACAGUCAGCAUGCAGUGUGACAUUUCAGACUACACAGACUGGACGUACAUCUGGUAUAUAGGCAACAACCUCCAUUCCAGUACGACUGUUAAAACCAUCACCACUCUGUCUAACCAGGCUGGUCAGUACAGAUGUGCUGGGGUAAGGACAGGUCGGCCUCAGUGGUCUCAAGUCAGUGUUUUCCUCCCCGUCAGAGUCACUGAUUAUCAGCCGUCGACAUCACUGACUUCAGACAAAGAGGACGUAUUCACAGGAGACAGAGUGACACUGAGCUGUACUGCAGAGUCUCCUGGAUGGAAGUUUUACUGGUACAGACACAGACUAGACUCUACACCAGAAACCACAACCUCUGGAUACUCCUACACACUCAGCAGGGUCAGUGUCUCUGAUGGAGGACAGUACUGGUGCAGAGCUGGGAGAGGAGACCCAGUCUACUACACCCUGUACAGUGACCCAUUCCAGAUACAUGUUACUGAGAGACCUGUUGCUGUUCUGACCCUCCAACCCAACUGGACCCAGAUAUUCAUUAGAGAGACUGUUACUAUGAGAUGUGACAUACAGGGAGGAGGAGACUCUGACUGGAACUACAGAUGGUAUAAGAAUAGUCAGUUAGUGAUCUCCUUUAACACAAAGCCUGAGUACAGAAUCAGUCCUGUCUACUGGUCUAACAGUGGAUCAUAUACCUGUGAGGGUGUAAAGGGAGACAAGUUCUCCAAGACCAGUGAUGCUGUACAACUGAAUGUGUCUGAUCAACCCCAACCUGUCCUGAGUAUCUCUCCUCGGUGGCUGAACCCUGGAGACUCAGUGACUCUGAGCUGUGAAGUUGACAAGACGUCUACAGGCUGGAGGUUCUCCUGGUACAGGACUGUUCCCUACAGAGCUGGGUUACUCUCCCUAUCAGACAAGUCUUACUCUCUACAGCCCCUAUCUGACAAUGUGACUAGUGAAGACUCCUACACUCUGAUCCCUGCUGGUCCUACUCACACAGGAAGAUAUGUGUGUAGAGCUGGGAGAGGAGACCCAGUCUAUUACACACUCUACAGUGAACCUCAGUUUCUCUGGUCAGGAGAUCUGCAGCCUUCAGUGUCUCUCAGAAUAAGUCCCAACACAACUCAACACUUUAGAUCAAAGUCUCUCUCACUGAGCUGUGAGCUGAAGGGGAACUCUACUGGAUGGAGACUGAUGAGAUACACAGAGAGAGGAGUAGAGUCAGGGUGUGUCUCUCACUGGGGAUCAAUAACAGGGUCCACAUGUACCAUCAGUUACUCAGACACAGGGGACAGUGGAGUGUACUGGUGUGAGUCUGGAUCAGGAGAGUACAGUAAUGCUGUCAACAUCACAGUGGAUGCUGGUGAUGUGAUCCUGGAGAGCCCUGUCCAUCCCCUGACUGAAGAAGACUCUGUGACUCUGCGCUGCAAAUACUGGACAACCAGCUCAAACAUCAAGGCUGAUUUCUACAAAGAUGGAAUACUCAUCAAGAAUGAGACCACAGGAGAGAUGACCAUCCCUACAGUAUCCAAGUCCGAUGAAGGAUUCUACACAUGCAAAUACCCUGACAAGGGAGAAUCACCAGAGAGCUGGAUGACAGUAAGAGUCGUAGCUCCUGGAUCCUCUACACCAGUCCUAGUAGGAGUGGUUGUGGGUCUGGUUGUUGCUGGUGUUCUACUGGUCAUUCUCCUCGUCCUGCUGUGGAGAUUUAAAAACGCCAAAGGUUCCUGUUUUAACAGAAUAUUCUUGCACCCCAAGACCCAGUGUACCAACCAGGACCCCCAACAGGACCAAGGAUCUACCCAGGGUCAGGCUCCUGAUGCUGGGUAUACAUGUCUGCAGCAUGGUGGUGGUCAUGUCUAUGAUAUGAUCAAUCCCUCAGACAACUAUAAUAAUGAUGCUGCUGCUCCACCAAGUCAUGUGACGUACGCCCAGAUUCAACUCAAAAUGUUGGACAAUAAAAAGAAGGAAAAGCCAGCUGAUCCAAAAGAAAGUCCAGUCUACUCUGAGGUGAAGACAGGGAAAGCCACAACAGCAGCUGGACCUGUUAAUGUGACCUAUGCUGAGGUUGUCCUCCAAAAGAAGACCAAAGCCAAGAAGAAGAGAGAAACAACAACCCCACCUGAGACAGAUUCAGUCUAUUCUCAACUGAAGCCAGGCACAACCCCAGGUCCUUGAGGGAGAUGGAGGGACACACCAGAUAAGAGGAGAAGUAGGAGCAAUCUGGGAACAUGGGUUAUACAUACUGGAUGCACUCAAGCACACACAUGCAGGCAUGCUCACACACACACGAACACACAAAUACAGAAAAAACAUUCAUUCUUACAAGUGAACAUGUGAAGUAUUCCAAAAACACGUUUUCAUGUGAUCACGUGAUCUUAUUUGAAGUUAAUAUGACAACAUGACAUGGAACUGCACAUGUGAAAAUGUGAUUUCACGUUACAUUUCUCAUGUGUUUUCUGUGAGGGACAAUAUCACCUUGUACAUGAAGGAUUUGUAUGUUAUUUUAAUUUACCAGAUAAAUACAACAAAUAUAUUCUAUUUAACCAUGUGUGUAUUACUGUAACAGCUUAAAUAAAUUAUAUGUUGUAAUGAUAGAA